AUGAAAGAUAGCCAGUUCAGCACCCGGCACGACGAACUCACAAACACGCAAACAAGCACAGCUGAAACCUUUGUGGUCGAAACACAGGAUGAGAGCCAAGGCCAGAGCCUCAUUUCCCAGCCACCCAAAAGCACUCCGGUUCGUUCGCUACAGUCUUUCGCCUACAACCAGACACGUUCAGCCGCGGCCCUCGGCUCGCCUGCGUCGGUCAGGUCGCAAGCAGCAUCUGUCUUUACACCGUCGACUGGGGCACCAUCGACUGCCGCCUCUUCUGUUGCCUUUUCGGCGACACAAUCUACCACCCAGCCCUCUAUCACCCAGGCUUUGAAGAAGCAACAUUUGACGCCACUCCAACGCAUUGGCGAGCGCGCCCUCUCCCGCAAACAGAUGACACACAACCGACCUCGAUCGCCAAAGGCUAGCCCUAAGAGGCGCAACCAGCGAAACAGCGUGAUGGCAUUGCCUGUCAAUCCUUCUUUCGUCCCUCUGCCCAAGGUUGAUCUUGAUGAGGUUGAGGCUCUCAACAGGCCAGUGGGUAGUGAAGACAUGAUCCCUGAUAGCGACGAGGAGAAUGAUCUGGACGACGAGAAGCAUGGCGGCAUCGUGGGUGACGAAAAUAGCGGCAACGCAAGCCUGAACCUUUCACGGUUCUUGUAUGCUUGA